AUGUAUUCAAGGGCGCUGCCCACAUACAUAUACAUGUUGCCACAACAGAGGCUGAGGUUAAUAUUGACGAGAAGCGUCGGUGUCUUAGCGGAAAUUUCCUCAGUACAACCCCGUAAACCGCCUUUUGACGAGCAGCAACAGGCUUUUCACAGUCAUGUUCAACACUUGCCCGCAAAAGACAUCUUUUCGGACUUACUUGUGUCAGCUUCGGCUCUUGGGGUUGGUUCAAGAGAAGACUGGUUGAGGCUCAAGAAGGUUUAUCUAGCCCGGCUUCCAGAGCUACCUUGUCCUACAGUUGUCAUGCUUCUAAGGCAGUUGGUGAAAAACGAUGCAUGUGGUUUGGUAGAGUGCGUCAGCAUACAGGACCGCCUGGCCGAGUCACACUUCCUGACAACUCUAAAAACUGAAGAACAAAUGGAAGCACUGUCUAGCAUCGUGAUUGUGGGUUCACGUUUAUCCCCCAAGUUUAUUCCGUAUGCGCAAGAGGCCCUCAGAGUAAUUAUAAGUGGGGCCCAGGUGGAACUCCUUCCGGAACUGUCAUAUGUGGUGGGUUGCCUCGUUACUUCAGAAGAUAACGGUAUUUCUGCAGAGGCGCAGAGCUCAAUUUUGAAAGAGUUGCUUGAACGAGUAAGGCGCGUUGAUUAUACACUCCUCACUCAGGAAAAGCUGGUGUAUUUAUUUUGGAGUUUGUCCACAUUCUGCUCCAGUAUCAUUCCAGUGCGGCUAGUGUACAUUGAGGUUUGUGAAGCGAUUGUCGCGAACGGUAUUCGAACAGGCGGCGUAGAAAGUGCAUCCCCUCGGAAUGACCUGUUGUUGCUGUGCGGGUUGUGUCAGAUUGUUUCCGUAUCUGGAUCGGGAGAUAGAGUUGUACCAAUCCAAAGUGAAGGUGUAAUAAACAACGUCUCUUGGCCGGAGAACGAUUGUUUGGGUUGCCUCUCCCCUAGCUUUACGGUAAAACUUCUUGCGAUCCUGGACAGUGUUGUGCUUACCUUUGUGCAUCGGGUAGUAAAGGGGGAGAUACAAAAUAGGUUCAUUAUUUCCACAGUCUUGGAGUCGCUUACAUAUUGUGGGCUGACAAAAUUACAAAAAAACGCACAAAUUUUGUUUCACAUACUUCUACGCAUGUUGAUGUACAAUGGAAUUGACUUCUGGCUACGUCCAUUGGGAGACGCUGCUGCAGUCACUCGCGCAGAAGCAAUUGGACCACUGGUGAAUGUUUAUUCGGUGGCAGCUGAUGUGGCUUUUCUCGAUCGCCUUAUGUACCGCCUUAAUUUUUGUGUGUUUCCUCCGGUAUCCCAGUGCGCUCUUGAAAAAGCAACCGUCAAGCAGGUGAGGAUAAUUCUUGAAGCGUUAGCAUAUGGGAAUUUGACUGUUAAUUCAAGGAAAUUUUAUCUUGGAGAGUGUUUUAAAACUGUACCUGGAAUUGUUCGUAAUGCAUCACGGUGGGAACUACCCCGCAUUAUCAAUGCUGUGAUGAAACUGUCUAUUAAGGAUAAUUUCAUUUGGUGCGCCAUCCGCGAGCGCAGUCGGGAGCUUGGUUACCAACAUGGGUGUCGUGGUGGAGGCUAUCCGCAAACAGACACGAAAAGACAUGAAGUCUCGGGCAAAUGCUCGGAAGAAGACACGAAUUCUAGCGAUGUAGCUUUACAGAUAUGUGAAAAGGCACUCAUGCUGUCUGAAAGUGAGGGUGUGCCCUUAGAACGACUGACACAUUCACUAGAGACCUUGUGCACUUGUAAAGGAAUGAAGAGCUCUACCAUGACUCAGUGUGCAGCGAUUGUGGGAUCACUUUCGAAACUCCGCAUCCCUUCAAGAGGUUUCAAACCGUAUACUGCUGUUUCGACACCUAUUUUUCUUCGACUGGAAGUGCUUCAGUACCCAGAUUGGGGUUUGUCCCUGAUCCUCGACGGAGCAGCUGCCGGUGUCUCUCGCACAGUACUUUUGAACUCUCUGUCGGCAGUGGGAACGCGGUUGCUUCAGAACGACUUGGGCAGAAACAGAUACGAGAGCGCUGUCUUCUAUUUGAUUGCUGCGCACGAAUUAGAUGCUCGAUACAGUGUGCUGCAUCCCCAUAUUGUCGGGACUAUUCGUGACCAACAACGUCUACAGACUCUCCCCUUCCACAUACUAGUCCGUCUUGUAGGUGCGCUGUGCGCCUUCGGCAUUGAUGAAAAGUGCGUCCUUGAGCGCGCACUACACGGAGUUGAUUCGUUAUGCGUCCACGUAGUGGAACGAGAAAAGUGGGUAGAGGCCGAUUGGAGGGCAGCCCUGGUACUAGUGAACGCAAUGUGGACUUCAGCGGCAAAGGCCGUGUGGAAAUCACUGAUCCAUGUGACCCGAAAACUUGUUAUUGUUAUGAUCAAAAGAAUUCGUGAUGGGGAGGUAGGGGUGUAUCCACUUCAGGCAGCACUAGCUAUUGCUACUGUCAUUAUUAACGAUCUUGAUAACAGCUCAAUGGGUUAUGCUGACGGGAAAGUAAAUGAUGAUAUCGUUACUGCGUUCCUCAACAUUGUCGCUCCCCUGUUCUCCGAAGAUGGUGUAUCGUUUUCUUUACCUCGUGCAGAAGCACUGCUACGUAGUGAGUCCGGGGCGCUAUUUCCUCCCCAAUGCAACAGUUUAACGUGUUCUCUUGUCGUAUCCCAUGCUUUACAACGUCUGAUUCAAAUGAACAACGACUCGGCGAAAAGAUUUACGCCACAUGCGAUCGGUUUAUGGCGUUUCUGUCUUAAGCAUAUUGAAAAGGCCCCACUCACUGACAGGACACUGAUGAAUACGGUAACUUUUUGCGUUCGUUUCGGUGGGAGCAGCCAAACCUUCGACAGGUUUAUGGCAUCCCUAGUAGAUAGCGGAGAUGAAGUAAGUAUGCUAGACGUCUGCUUGAUUGCUGAGGGACUGUUAAAAAAUGGGAAGAGGCGGCCAAUAGCGACGCAAUUUAUAGCUCAUUUUUCCCAAAAGCUACCCCUGGACAAUCUGCCAGCGGCUGCCCUUUGCUCACUGUUGCUCUUCUUCGCGCGCGAUGCAGAGAAGGUUGCACUCGGACUCUCAAAAGUGGAGAUGCUAUUGUCCCUUGUGUGGGCGUCUCUUGUACUAAAAAUGGAUCGGCUCGCUGGUUCUGGGGAACUCUUGAAGCUUGUCGAAACUGUCCCUGCGAACGCAGCAAACCCGUUAUUGCGACUGAUUUGUGAUACCAAAGCGAUAGAUGACACACCCACUGUGGAACUUGUUCGUCCCCUUAAUAUUGUUUUAGGUUGGAAGACCAACACAGUGUCACCUGCCACUGUUUUGUGUUUCUUACAGAAGGUUGGCGCGUCUAUUGAGCUCCGUGAAAAGACUGACCCUGCCGAAUGUCUAGCGACUGAGGAAAUGAAGCGGAUGAUUCAUUGUUACAGUCAGUAG